ACGUUAUGGGUCAAGGGGGUCAGUUGACCCCCUAAAAAAAAUUGGGUGGUGGGUGGUGGUUGACCCUUAUUAUAGCCUUAAAGGGUGAUGGUGAAUAUUAUAGCUAGGAUUUUGUAGACAUCUUACUUCUGUAACCUACAUCCUACACUCUACAGUCUACAGCAACAACAUAAAACCUGUUAAUUAAAGUAAUAUAGUUCAACAAUUUAGUAGUAAAUUAGUAAGUCGAAAACAUCAGUCUGUCGAUGCAGACAGUUGUCGUCGGUCGUUUACAAUGUAUGAAUGUAUUAGGAAAACAGUAAGGAACACAGAUAAGCUGGUUGGUUUCUAGAAAUUCGCUCAACGACCACGAUUGCUUAUGCCCGCAUGAUAAUAUGAUUUAAUAAUAAUACCUAAUAUAGAGUCCUUUGUGUCCCCACUGCCAACAAUAUUUUAUACAAAUUACAAAAUGUUACAAAAAUAAAAUAAUCAAAUAAUCGAUUGUGGUUUUGCGUGAACAGUGAACAUUAUUACCACGAUUUAAGAUAGUACUAUCUUAAAUCGUGAUUAUUACAGAGUUGUUUUUGUUAUUAGUGAUUUAUUAAUAGCAAACUGCGUGUUAUCGUAUUGCCCGUAUUGGUAAAUCCUGAUAUAGCGUACUGCUACAACUGAUGUCUGCUGUCAACAACCGUUUAGUCAGUACGACUACGGAUUUUUCUCAUAUUAUAACUUAUCAGUUACCAGUUUGAAGUUUUAAGUUUGCCUUGUGACUUUUGUCUUGCGGCUUGUGAGCACUCUGGAUUUAUAGUUGUAUUUAUUUUGAUUUAUUAAUUAUUAAUCAACCAUGCCUGUCAUCGAAGCAUGUUUAUGUGGUAAAAAAAAAAAUAAUUUAAAUUCGACAAAUUGGGGAAGGCAUUUAAGUACGUGCAAAUCGAUAAAAAACAAAAAUUCAACUUCAAAAUAUCUAACUACUUAUUUCAAAAGAAUUUCGGCGUCUUCUAGCUCUACAGAGUAUGAUGCAAAAAAAAUGAAAAAAACUGAAGGGCAAAAUUUAACAGCAUUGGAAGAUAUUAAUGCAAUGGAAAUGGAAAAUGAAAACAAGGAACCUGAUAUAAUUAUUCCAGCUCCAGAUUUAAAUAGUUCAAUGGCCACUAAAGAUAUAAAUGGUGAUCAUGACAUAAUAUCUGAAGGGCAAAAUUUAAUAACAUUGGAAGAUAUUAAUGCGAAAGAAAUGGAAAAUGAAAACAAGGAAUCUGAUAUAAUUAUUCCAGUUCCAGAUUUAAAUAGUUCAAUGGCCACUAAAGAUAUAAAUGGUGAUCAUGACAUAUCUGAAGGGCAAAAUUUAAUAACAUUGGAAGAUAUUAAUGCGAAGGAAAUGGAAAAUGAAAACAAGGAAUCUGAUAUAAUUAUUCCAGUUCCAGAUUUAAAUAGUUCAAUGGCCACUAAUAAUAUAAAUGGUGAUCAUGACAUAUCUGGUAUUGAAACCCCUUUAUUAGCAAAUAUUGAACCAAAUGAUGAUAGCGUGUAUGCAGAUCUAUUCAAAAUUCCCACAGCAGAAAGUACAACUACAGAAAAUAUAAAUUUGACAUAUAAUUCCACCAGUUCUGUUGAUGUAAAUAUUGAUGUCUUCUCAAAUGAUCCAGCUGAAUUGACGUUGCUAGCUCCAUUUUCUUACGAAAAAAGAAAAUUAAUUCUAAAUAAUGGUCCUUGUCAACCUCAAAAAAUUGAUAUGCCAAAUAAAAGAUUUCCAGUACACAAUAGUAGAAGUUUUCAAUGUUCCUGGUAUAUGAAAACCAUGCCAGAUGGUUCAGCUACUAGAAGAGAAUGGAUUUCUUACUCUUGUAGUAAAGAUAAAAUAUUUUGCAUUUAUUGCAUAUUAAUCGGAAAUGAAAAAAGUACUGUAUGGACUAGCACAGGCUUCAGCAGUUGGAAUAAAGCAUCUGAGAGAAUAGUGAUGCACGAAACAUCAUCAAACCAUAUUGAAGCUUGUCUUAAAAUUAAAUUGGAAGAUACAUGUUUGCCUCUUUUGCCUAGUAUGUUAAAAGCAAGAAAUGAGUUUGUUGCAAAAAAUCGUAUGAUUGUUGAAGCUAUUAUAGAAAUAAUUUUAUACUUAGCUAGACAUUCCCUUGCUUUUCGAGGACACCGAGAAAGUUGGUCAGACAAUUUAAGAGGAAAUUUUAAAGAUCUAGUUUGCUUACUGGGCAAAUAUCAUCCUAUCUUAGCAACUUACAUUGUUGGGCAUCAAGAAAAAAAUAAAAACAAGUAUGAUUUUAUUUCAUGGAGACGACAAAAUCAAAUUAUAGAAUCUUUAGCUAGUUAUACUCGUGUUGUGAUUUUAAAACAGAUAAAAACUGCCAAAUUUUUUAGUCUUACAAUGGAUGGUACCUUUGAUAACUCUAGAAAAGAACAAUUAGCAUUUGUGAUAAGAUAUUUAAAUGAAGAUAGUGGAGAAAUUAAUGAAAGGUUAAUUAACUUAAAAGAAUGCAAUAAUACGUCUUCUGAACAAUUGUUUAAUAUUUUUGAAAACAUUUGUAAUGACAAUUCUUUAAAUUGGAAUGAUUAUUUAGUGGGACAGUCCUAUGAUGGGGCUAGUAAUAUGCGUGGUUCAUAUAAUGGUCUCCAAGCUAUAAUUAGGCGUUUUAAUACGGCUGCUAUUUUUGUGUGGUGUUAUGCACACCGACUGAAUUUGGUCCUUACCGAUGCAGUUAGUUCCUCUGUGAAUGCUGUUGAUAUGUUUGGAAUUAUAGAAACUGUACAUGAUUUUAUUAAUUCAAGUAAGAAAAGGGUUGCAUUAUUUGAACUACAUCAAGAAAAAUGUUAUGGUAAUAAACAACGUAAACGUCGAUUUAAAAGGGUUCAGACAACAAGGUGGUGGUCCCAUGAUUUGGCAUUAAACACAGUUUUGGAUACAUUUGAUGCAUUAUGUGACACAUUAGAAGAACUUCAAAAAAGUGAAUGUUUAAGUGAUCGAAAAGGAGCCCACCAAGCAAAAUGUUUAAAAGAAAAUUUAAUUUGUGACAAAUUUUUGUUGACUGCAUUUAUUUACAAACAAUUAUUUGAAAUUGUGACACCUUUAAGUAAAAUGUUACAAACUGUAGAUAUAGACCUAAUUGGAGUUAUAGCUGUAGUCGAUGACAAAAUAUGUGAACUAAAAAAUGCCAGAAGUGAUGAAAACUUUUUAAAAUUACAGGAAAAAGUUGAUAGGUUUAAAAUGUGUUCAUCUGUGGAUAACGAAGAUUUUAAACUAUUGCCACUAAAUCGUUCAAAGAGAGUUCCAAAAAAGUCUGCUGAAGAAACCCAAGAUGAAGUAAUCACUGAUCCACUUCAACAUUUUAAAAUUCAAACUUUUUUUGUUGCAUAUGAUACUGCAAUUAUACAGAUUAAAGAAAGGUUCAGUGAAAUCACCAAGGGUAUUUACAAAGAUUUGUCCUUAUUUUCUCGGAGACGUUUGGAAGAAAUUUCAAAAAAUAAUGAUCUAUUACCUAAAGAUGCAUUUGAUGUGUUUUCUGAUGUUUACAGUAAAUUUAUACUGAAAGAUGAUUUAAAAAGGGAAUAUUUGCAGUUUUCUAAAAGUUAUUUCAAUUUUGAACAAGUGAAAUUAUUGCCCUUGCAAUUGCAUAACUCUGAAAUAGAAAUUUAUGAUGAGCUCAGUGGUUCAUUGACUGAUGAAGCAUCAGAAUCAGAAAUAGAAGAUAGUUUUGAGAACAAUCACGAUAGGCAAGACAAAGAAGUACCAAAACUUCAUAAAAAUGGAUGCAGUUUGUCAAUUGUUUUAAAGGUUUUGCUAAUCAGUGGCCUAUCAUCUACAUUCCCAAUGCUUACUACUGCCUUAAAAAUUGCUGUUACUCUCCCAGUGGCCAGUACUACUCCAGAGAGAACAUUCUCAAAGUUAAAUAUUGUGAAAAAUAAAUUACGUAGUACUAUGGCAGAAGGUAGACUUGAAAGCUUAAUGAUACUUUCGUGUGAAUCAGAUAUCAAAAUUGAAACUGAUCAAAUAAUCAACGAUUUUGCCAGAAAAAGUGUAUUGUUAGAAAAAGCAUUAUUGUACUAAUAUAGUUAUUUCAAAUAAUUGUAUUUCCUCUCUUUAAAAAUAAUAUACAACUUAAUUUUAGUAAAUUGUAUUGCUCAUUUAAGUAAAAAUUACAAUUUCAAGUUCUUUUACUAUCUCAGUCUUACUAAAUUAACUUCGCUUUUAUUUUAAAUACCCAUCUUUGUAAAGGAUCAUGUAUUAAAAAUGGUAAAAACUAUUUUUAUUAAUUUUGCCUUUAACAUUUUGUCUAUUUUUGAAUAAUUAUAUAAUAUGCUAUAGUUUUGUCU